GCUACUUGGCAGCGUUGUCGUUGUCGUUGAUGUCGGUGCCGUUGUGUGAAUUUAUUCACUUUCGGGCCCGCCUUCCCGCCCCCUCGCCACGUAGUCAAUGGUUAGGACUGGUAAGGUGGUGUUUGUUGUCCGUUUCACGUGAAAAGUGGGUGGCAAAAUCUGAACGCUAUCAUCCAACCCGGUCAGUUUCGGUUCGGAGCUUUCGGACAUCGGUCAGUGCGGUGCGGUGACAUACCAGUGGCAAGUCCUGCCCGCGUUAUUGUGAAUUAUCGCUGUUCUGGGCGGGGGUCUGCCGCCGAUCUGCUCGAGUAACUCGGUUUUGUGAAUUGGACCAUCGUGGGUGAUAGUGGCUCGCCGUUACGCCACGACAGGAGAGUUAAGUGAAAUUUAUGACUGGACGUGUGCGGUAGCGUGCGGCGAAAAUCUUUACGAGGGACACGUGUCUUCGUUGCGGGUCCCGAACUUCGAGGCAAAACAGCCGUUUUGUUGUCAUUUAGGAUCUGUGUUACGGGCCGGUUGGCAAAGCUGCUCGAGAGGUGAUUUACUCGGUGCGAAGAGAUUGCGAAUUAGUGCCCGGUGCUGAUUUGCUGUGGGUGACAAAACAGGGACCAUAAAAUAUAAACAUGAAGAAUGCCAAGAAGUACAUCAUUGGAGCGUCGGCACUGCUCAUUAUUUUGGUCGGGUGCGGAGUGGCAGUUGGAAGAGCUCUUAACAAUGAUGAUGAAUCUAUGUACGACGAUACCCCAAAAAGCAUGGAAGAAAUUCUCACGGAAAUUCGUAGCCACAUGCAGACCUAUAACGUGGCGGGGUAUAUUAUUCCUUCCGUCGACGCCCAUAACAGCGAGUACAUCUCUCUGCACGACCAGCGCUUCCACUAUGUGACCAACUUUACCGGCUCCGCCGGAACAGCCAUCAUCACCCUAGACAAAGCACUCCUCUGGACAGACGCGCGAUAUCAUCUGCAAGCCGAAAACCAGCUGGACCCCGCGUAUUGGACCCUGAUGAAAGAGGGCCUUUAUGGUGUGCUAACGCGUGACCAGUGGCUGCUGGCCAAUCUUCCAUCGGGUGCUCAGAUUGGUACGGAUCCUUUCCUCAUCACCAGCAGCGAGUUCGAGCGAAUGGGAGCGGCUUUACUCGCCGGAGGUCAGCGAUUGGUGACACUGGAGCGCAAUCUGGUGGAUAUCGUUUGGAACAACCAACCAACGCAGACCAAUGAAGAUCUAAUUCGGUUGGACAUUAAGUUCUCUGGAAAGCGAGCUUCCGUGAAAAUAACCGAGCUUCGUAAACUCUUGAACACUAAUUCAGCAGCUGCCAUCGUGGUCAAUGGUUUGGACGAGGUUGCGUGGCUUCUCAAUCUUCGAGGAACGGACAUCCUUUACACUCCGGUAUUCUUUGCGUACCUAAUCGUGACUCAAAGCGAGAUCGUCCUAUUCACCAACCAGGAUCGUAUAAACGAGACCAUCCAGGAACACUUCCAAGAGGAAGGGAUCUCCGUAACGGUUCGGGAUUACGAUGCCAUUCUGAGCGGCAUUCAGACUCAGGCAGCGGACGGCGGAAAGCUGAUCAUUGCCACCUCAUGCAGUCAGGCGAUCCUGUCUCAGAUCCCCGCGGACCAAAGAAUACAGGUUUACAGCCUCGUGGCUAAGAUGAAGGCCGUGAAGAACGACGUCGAAGCGGUUGGUAUGCGGGAGGCACAUCUACGUGAUGGAACGGCUGUAGUUCGAUAUCUGCACUGGCUUGAAGAGAACGUCGAUUCCGGGAACAUCACUGAAUUGUCGGGAGCAGCUAAGCUGCGUGAAUUCCGUAGUAUGCAAGAGCACUUUGUCGACUUGAGCUUCACCUCAAUCAGUUCUUUUGGUUCCAAUGGAGCUAUCGUGCACUACACUCCCACCGAAGAAACCGACAAAUUGAUCACACGGGACAGCAUCUACCUAAUUGAUUCUGGUGGUCAGUACUAUGACGGUACGACCGACAUCACUCGCUCGGUUCACAUGGGUGAACCAACGGCCUUCCAGAAGGAGGCCUACACUCGCGUCCUGCAAGGUUUUCUGAGUCUUGGUUCGGCGGUCUUCCCCCCGUUGACAUCGGGGGCAUUCCUCGAUGCCAUGGCUCGUCGACCGUUGUGGGACGCUGGCCUUGACUACAGCCAUGGCACCGGACACGGGAUCGGCUCGUUCCUGGGAGUUCAUGAAUAUCCGCCGUACCUAGUGUACACUACGUCGGCGGCGGAUAACCAGGGACUUCAGGUGAAUAUGUUUGUCUCAAACGAACCGGGGUACUAUGAGGCGAAUGAUUUCGGAAUACGGUUGGAGGAUAUUGUCCAGGUGGUGAAGGCUAACGUGUCGCAUGACUUCGCAGGACGAGGGGCGUUGACUCUAUAUUCGGUGACGGUGGCUCCACUGGCGACCAACCUCAUGGAUCUGUCGUUGAUGAGUGACCACGAGGUGGAGCUGGUCAAUUCGUACCAUGAGAGAGUAAUGAAAGAGGUGGGAAGUUUGCUGCUGGAGCAGAAUGCGUCCGAUGCCUACGUAUGGUUGGGUAUAAAGACUCAACGAAUAGUGAAAUCGUAAUAUGAAAUAAAUUUGAAGGCCGAUGAAUGUUCGUUACAUUUAAUUUUUGGAGAAAUGCCAAAAAAUUAUUAUUUGUAAAUAAAGUCGAAAAAUUAUGUGCA